UUGGAACUUUUAUUAUACUUUUGAAAAUUAGACUUUUGAAACCUUUAAGGUUAACCCAUUAAUGUUUGUGGCUGCAAUGGAUUUUGCAUUGUUUUCCAUUGUGUUUCUAUAAAAGGGUUCAAGAUUGGAUGGUUUUGAGAUCAUUAGGCUGCUUGAUAUUUAUUUUCUUAUCUGGUUGUUUGCAUGAAUCACUUGUAAUCUGGAUUGUUCUCCAGAUUGCAUUGUUUUCCAUUGUGUUUCUUUAAGGUUACCUUCCCUCUAAUGAUUGUUCAGAGAUAUGAGAUCCCCAAUAUCCCCAACCCCCAAAAGUACUACUAUAAUCUGGAAUGAAGCAGAGCUAAGAUCAUUCAUCAAUCUCAUGGUUGAUAAUGUCCGAAACGGAUUGAAGACAAACUCAACAUUCACAAAGGUUGGUUGGGACAACAUUACAAAAGGGCUUGAAGCCGAAUUCAAAAGGCCCUUUGCGAAAGUACAACUACGUAACAAGAUGAAUAAGUUACGCAAGGAGUACAACAGCUUCAGGGCUUUGUUAGAAACAACUGGUUUUGGAUGGGAUGCGAAUGCUCGGACUGCCACAGCUGAUGAUUCAGUAUGGGAAUCUUCUAUUCAAGGAAACAAGGAUUGGGCAAAGUAUAGAAGAAAUGGUCUCCCCAUGUGGCCAGAGUUGUUAGAGAUCUUCUCCGACUCUAGUGCCCGUGGGGAUAGAGGUCUGUCACAGGCAACAGUUGUCACUCUAACGUCAACUAACCUUGAAAUUGAUGAUGAUUUACAUGACACUGAUAAUUAUGACAGUGAUGCUUGUACUGGGACACCCAAGGGGUCAGCUCCUCCGAAGCGGCGACUUGAUAGGACUCCUACGGAUCGUAGGAGGAAGAGCCACACACGGACAUUGACGAACUCCGCUGAGGACUUUAGAACCUUCGUCCGAUGGAGGAUGGAAAAGGGAUCAACCUCUGCCACCUCAGCAGUUACCCGACCACCUGACCCUAUUGUUGAUGGACCAUAUAGCAUGAUCAGCUGUCAGAAGCUACUGGACAGUUUGGAGGAUAUCCCGACUGAUUUGUAUGUGUUAGCGCAGCGUAAGAUACACAGUGACCCUGGGUGGCGCAUGUCUUUUGUUGAAGUGAGACCUGACAGGAGAUUAUGGAUGAUACAUGGCCUGAAGGAGUGA